CCACCCGAUACGGAAACUUCCGUUCAGUGCGUUACUGGAAACUCGCGGGAACCUUUUCCGUGUGCACUGUGGAAAGAUUCCCGGUAGAUCUACGUUUGCAAUUUAACCCUUUCCCGCCCUUCCGUCAACGUGGCCCGUUAGUCAGCCUCUCCCCCGGCCAGCGGCUGCCGUCGGCUCUGCGAGACAUGUCUGCUACCACUAGAGAAUGUCCUUUUCCCGACAGCAUAAAUUGGGACUCUUCUAUCCCUAUAUGCAAGUGGAAUGACGGGAUGGGGCGAAAAACAGCAGAGAAACUAUUUCAGAAGAGCUGGUUUAGUGCGAGUAGUAUUGCUGUAUGACGAGUUGGAUGGUCUUGGCUUCAAAGGCUUUGCUGUGGCUUUCCAUAAGGAGUAUGCACAGAUCAUUGCCACAUCUGGCACUGUGGAGACAUUCACCCCAGCUGUGCAUGAAUAUUUACAUGCUUUAGUCACUGUUGCUCAUCCUCCACCACUACAAAUGCCAACAUCCCAAACAUCCAUCAGCCACAAAAAACCUUCCUCUAACACCUCCAUAUCACCCUCAUUGGUCACUGUCACAUCCAAACCAUCCUCCUCCAACCCUCCUCAAUCAUCUUUAUCUAAGUCACGUAAGUCAAAUCCUCCAAAUCAUCCCCUUCUUUCUCCAACACUCCCAAAUUAUCCUCGUCUAAGCCUGUUUUCCCCAAACCGGUCACAUCCAAGCCAUCCUUUUUCAACCCUCCUCAAUCAUCCUCAUCUAAGUCUUCCUCCUCCAAUGCUCCUCAAUCAUCCUCAUCUAUGUCUUCCUCCUCCAACGCUCCUCAAUCAUCCUCAUCUAUGUCUUCCUCCUCCAAUGCUCCUCAAUCAUCCUCAUCUA